CACAGUCACGUGGUAACAUUUGAAAUUAAACCUCGAAUCGCACUACAACAGUAGCUGUCAUUAACAGUAUAUUGGAAAUAUUAUUCAAGCAAACUGCGACGAAACAGGAAUACUGUAUGCCUUUCGGAGGUAACAUCGCUCAGGAUGUCUUUAGAGUUUGAAAAACUGUCCACCCACAAUUGGAGCGCUCCAGGCGUCCCGUCCCAGAGGAGCCGGGUUCAGGAGGAGCAUGAGUCUCAGCAGGAAGGUCGUGUUCAGAUCAUGUACUCUAAAGAACAGGUGUAUCAGGAAGACGCAGAGUUCAGCUUGGAAGAGCUCCGAGCGCAGCGCUACUACAAGUCUUUGAGCGAUAAAGCCUCACACCUGAAGAAGCUAAAGCAGGAUCUGCAGUGUCAGAUUGAGGAUAAAAAGAGACUCAUUCAGCAGAGAAACAUCACCGCAGAGAAACCGCAGGAGCUUGUUCAUGAGGAGGGCAGUUCUUCCUUCCAGAGAUCUGCAGGAUCCUGUGAAUCUGAUGCUGCUGUGGUCAAAUCAGCUCCGUUCACCGUAUGCAGCGAGCAGGAGGAAGACCGAGCGGUUAGCAGCUCGGUGAGGCGAGAGGACGACAUGAAUCACAGAGGAAGCGACGCUAAACUGCAGAAAGCAGCUAAACCUUUCACUGUUUUUGAUGAGAAUACACUGACGAAUAAAACCUCGUCGUCAGCGAACCGUAUUUCUCUGAAGCUGCCCAGUUUGAGUCUGAAAGCGCCGAAGUCAAAAGCAGAGUCCAUCCCUGACAAACAGGACGCCUCCAUCUCUCGCUCAGAGGAAGUCAUCAUCAAAGGUCACUGGAAUAAGACUCUGUGCCGGAGUCCAGACGACACGUGUGAGUUCUCCCGCGCCGCUCAGCUGGCGUCCACUCCGUUCGGAGGAGUCCAGAGACCGGAAGCGUCCGAGUCCAGACUGACGGAGAACCUGAGCCGAACGGAUCCAGACUCCACUGAAGAACCGAGUCCUUGUGCGAGCGCUGAGGAGAACAAGCUCAGUCCAGUCUUGGAGAUCAGUCAGGAGUGGAAGCAGGGGAAGGAGCCUGAGACACCGGAGGAAGCAGUCACUGUAUCGGAGGACGUGUGUGGUCUAAGCGUCAGAUCCCGUUUGUUUCAUCAGUCAGACGUGACGUGUUCCUCCAGUCUCCAGCGCAGAAGCGGUCGUGUGCCGGACACCAGCGGAGACGAUCACCUGUGUCUCGACGGUGAGGUGUUGGUUUACUGCGGUAAGAUGGAGACGCUGAAGGACUUCACCCUGUACUGCUCGGACUCCUCUGCUGUCUUCCUGAAGGUGGAUCGGUCCGGAGUGCCGUGGGAUUUCUUCAUCAGCUCUCAGCUCCGGUCUCGAUGGUGUGGUGAUGAAGCGGACGCUGAUGUCCAGAUCUGCUGUCAUGUGUUUGAGGACGGCUGCUUGACUCUCUGGAGGAUUCCUCACGGAGACACGCUUCAGGAUCUCCUGACCGAGCCCAGAGCUGGAGCAGAUGUUUCUCUGCUGGUCGUUCUGCUGCUGGAGCUUGUGAAACGCUUUCAUUGCUGUCGAGUGGUUCACGAGGCCUGAAGCCAGACUCGCUCUACUUUUACCUGAGCGGCAUCACAGCACUAGAUUUCUCAAACUCGGUGGAUCUGCAGCUCCAGACUGACGUCACAACAGCACGAGAUCUUCCUUCGGCUCAGAAAUACAUCCAGCAGGGUCUCCUGUCGCCUUCUGCGUCGCCCUAUCAGCUGGAUCUGAUCGGUGUUGCAGAAGUCGUGCACAUGCUGCUGUUCAAUCGCCCGAUGAACGUGAAGCAGGAAAACUCGGCCUGGAGUUUAGAUGAAGGAUCUGGAUCUGAGCACAGCGUUCCCGUCGAGUCUUUAUGGAAAGACUUCUUCCACAUGAUUUUGAAUCCAGGACUAAAGUCUUCAGAGCUGGUUUUGUCUGAGCUCAUCAGUAUUGUGAGGAACAGCUUAUGAAGAUAUUGUGAUGUGUAAAAUAAUAACAGCAGCAGUGCAUAUGAAUGG